AUCGACGCAAAAACCUUGAAUUUUUCACGAUUUCACUAUAUUAUACAGAAAAAAUAUAAUUCUAUUUAUAUAUAAACGAGCUUUGUUAAAAAAAAUCGCCGUGGAGCCUAAUACGAGUGUAGAGAUGUGCACGGGGGAGUGGAGAGGGAUGGGGGUAGCCCGUUCCCCAUCACAUGAAUCUGUGACAACAGAUUUGUCUCUAUUUAGUGUUUCAUCUGCUGCUUCUGAUGCUAGAGUACUGCGAUUGCUCGCCUGUAAGGCUGGCCAAGGACCGGAGCCAUCACUUCGUGUCGCUAGUCCCAAUCCAGAAGGAAAGGCAUUAAGCCUCCGUCGCGGUUCACCGGCAGUACCGCUUCAGAGUGACGCGUGUCGUGACCUACUGGCAGGUUGCGCGUCCCUCUGUGCCCAAUUGGGGCUUCGCAGGUCAUUCAGUGCUGGUGAUGUGUCUGCUCCGGGUGUUCCACCGCCUGUCAGAUCCGCGACUUCAGAAGUUGGUUUAUGCGCUGCCCUGGAAGCAUUAACUUUGAAUGCAGCAUCACGUUCUUGCAGCACUUGGGUGGCUGUAGGUGGUUCUCAGCUACCAUCACCACAAAGGUCGCAGCCGGUCCCACUCCCCCAAAGGACGCUUCCCACAGACAAUAAAAAGGUCCGCCAAAGCUACAUCAAACGACGUUUGAUCACGACCUACAGAGCAUUGGAGAGAAUGUCUCAAUCUGAAUUUAAUUUGGACAAGUUAGAGGCAGCCGCGGCAAGUGCGGUAUCAGCUGUGAAUCCGGGCCCUAUCACCAUCACAGUGCCAACUAAAAACACAAGUUUCGUUCAUGAAGAAGCGGCACAUUUAGCUUUGACAACAGCUGACCUCGAGCGGGAAAGAGGAAGGGCUCUGUCAAAGUAUGAGCGUAAUAUGAUGAUAUUCAACUGGCUUCAUACAUUGGACGAGGCAUCGCCAUUUUAAGGUGUGUUGUCAUAUCUUAAUGGUUGUCAAAGUCAAACAUGAUCUCAAGUCUACACAUUUAAGUUAUUUCAGAAUGUCAAAAUGUUGUAAAUUAUGAUCUUAAUGCUUUUAUAAGUUGACUAAUUUGCGUGAUUUUAAUAAUAUGUAAAUUUAUUGUCUCUAUAUAUACAUGGUUGUCAAAAAAAAUAAUGAAUGCUAAUAGCUGUCAAAACUAUUAAAAAAUAUGAACGUAUAUUGUAUCUUACUAUUAUUAUACGAUGAAAUAGUUGUCAAAACAACACGUGACCGUUCUCAGUAAACAUUUUGUUAAAAAGUCAUGGUUGUCAGAUGUGAUCUCGUAUUUCAGUAUUUUUUUACGUUACUAUAAUGUAAUUGUUGUUUAAUUUGUGAUUAUCUUUAUGUAUACAAUCAAAAUGCCAAUGUGAAGUUCAUACAUGCACAGGAUUGAAAUAUGUCGAAAUGUAAUAAAAAGCUGUCUGAAAUGUCGAAACAAUGUGUAAAAAUCUCCGAAACACUGUAUUACUUCAUAUUACCAGACUAACUAUUGACAAACACGUUUGGGGCAAGUAUUCAAUAUAAUACGUAAGUUAAAUGUGAAGUUAUGUCAUAAAUACAUAAUACAUAUAACAUAGAUAGGGAGAUACACGCACACUAUAUGUGUGUAUGAUAUUCGGUAACUAUCAGGUAACCGGCCUAUGCGGCUCAAGUUUUAGAUCCAGCUGGAUACCGGAUGUCAAAUAAAUAACCACAUAAGAUUGAAGGCACUCUUUUUUCCAUAUAAUUUUUGAUGACAGAGCAAAGAAAUAAUACUCAAACUGUACUAUCGGAAAUUAUGAUGAGUCAAUUGUCACUUUGACAACCUUCUUAAUGGAGUAUGUUCAUAAUGACUUGAAUGAAUAAAUCAAUAAAUACGACGUGAUUAUAAAAAAAGUGUGUGUGUGUCAGCUACGAUGCACGAUUGGAGUUUACUCCUUACGAACGAUAAAAUGGCGAUAAU